AUGUCUCGUAGAGGAGAACAGUUUGAUCGGUUGCGAGUAAUAGGCGCGCUUGCCCUCAGGCAGAGACAUCCGUCAAUCCAUCGUGAUGAUCUCCGCCGCUCCCUCCUCCCUCUUUUCUUGCAUUUCGACUCUGGAUUUCUCGCCCGCACGGCCCAUUGUCCCCGCCUCAUUGACCCUUCUUCCACUCCCGACAGUCGAGUUCGUCUUCUGGAGAUAGCUCAGACGACGUCGUUUGUCUCGAUAUAG